AUGGCCAGGCGUGCCGCUGAACUGGGUCGUCCAGAGGAUCGGAAAUCGCUCGGGGACGGAGACGGGGCCUGGGACCUCAAAAUAACUUCCGAGGACGUGGAAAGGAUUAUGAUAGUAUAUUUGAUUUCAUCUGCAUCGGUUAUAUGUGCCCGAGUGGUGCAACAGGGGAUUGCUUUCUUUGCAUUGGAGCUCGUUACACGAAUACGUGCUUCCUUUGCUUGUCUUAACCUCAAGCUUAUGCAAACUCGACGAUUUUCAACAUCUAUCGAAAAACAUAGCCUCAUUAUCCGGAAGAAACGCCAAGAAUCCCGCUUCUUCUCUUCGCUGAUUGGGUAUAAAAUGGACCAGGCCGCCAAACUCCCUGUCAAUCGCAAAGUGAAUAUGCCGAAUACGAUGAAAAACGAAGAAACUAGUGUGAUUCAUGAGCUGGAGAUGAAGAUUUUGAAGGAGUUUGUGUUGACGAAAGCGCGGACUCGAGGGGGAUUUACGAUCUCACUUCAAAGUAAAUGCAGAAUUCUUGCAAUUCUAACCGCAAACUUUCUGGGAGAGGGCCAUAAGCGUCCAUGGCUCGGGUAUCAACAAAGCUUGCAGAAGAAGCGGAAGUGUGAAGAAGUCGCGGGCAGUCGAGAAGAUGUAACGAGAGGAGGGUUACGACUCAAUUUUGAAUAUCUAAUUGUGAAUGGUACCUGCCAGAAAAAUGGGUAUCAAAUGAAAUUAGACCAUGGUAAAAUACCCUUCCACGCUACCUUGAUCCCGGCUAAUUUUUAUCAUGGGGCAAAAUGCCAUGAUUGCUUCGAUUCUCCUUUCACGUUAUCUUCAAUCCAGCAUCUCAAAAGAAUGCUGCAAGAUCCCGGCUUGAAGGUCAAAGCGACUAACAGUACGAAGAACGUUGCACGUGGUUUUGUGUUUCCAGCAUACGACCAGUCGUCUGGGUCCUCGGCACGGAAUCAAGCACUCGGCAGUGGGGCGGAGACGGAUCCCUUGCAACUCCGGCGUGUGAGGAGAAUUGAUCCCUGCAUAUCCCACUCCGAGCUCUUUCAUGCUGCAGCCUUAUCUGUUGACUGUCGCCGGACAAGACUCAAUCCAGCCCACAGAAGCCUUCGGCCUGGUUCAACAGAUUUGAAUUCAAAUGGAAAUCAAUUAUCUCAUAAGGUGUUUAGCGAUAUCGGCGUGGGAUUGGAGACGAAUACGACUUUGCCUAGUUUCGGUAGAUUUCCUUUUUGGGAGCCCUUCCAUUCCCGCCUUGGAAGCACAGUCGCAUGGGGUGAGGGCUGGAGGGGGUUUUACAGAAGAGGUUUGGUUCGCGAAGUCGGGGAUUUCAGUGGUGGCGGAUUUGAAGCAGCAAAGUUGCAUAUCAUUCUGCUAUCCCAGAAUGGUGUUUACUUAUGUCAUAGCUGGAAUUUGCGGGACCGGUUCCUUCCCGUCCACCAUCGAUCCUUUCCCUCCAACUUGAUCUAUUCUUCAUGUAAAGCGUCGCCUCAUUCGAUAUCCAAAUUUUGUGCUGGUGGUAACGCCGCUUCGUUCUAUCACGGACGCGUCGCCAAGCAGACUCAGGUGCAUAGUACUAUUUCCCACAUUAGAUUAGUCCUUGAGCACGUACCCAUUUUGGCUUUCAUCUGCCACGGUCCCCUAAAUGAAAACCUCGUUCACGCUUACGCCUGGGCUCGCCAUGUGUUGACAACCCUUGUCCACACGAUGCAAACCCACUUCAUGGGACGGGCUAAACUUGUCAGGGCUCCUCUCCAGGCGAGCCCUAUGGUGGCUGAUAUAGUUGGGUGGGACUGGCCACCUAUUCGUAUCCUCAUUUCAGGGACCUGGUCCUGUGUAGUUCAGGGCCUGGGCCAGGGUGUGUGCAUCGAAUCAGCGUAUUCUUUCCAACAUAGUCAGCCACCACAAUGCCCAAAACACCUCGCCGUCGACUCACCAACAAGGAACGCGUCCAAAUCCAGACCCUUAGAGAUCUUGGAUGGACAUGAUAAGCUAUCGCACAGUAUACCGGCGUACCUCAGAGCACAAUAUCUGCCUCCGAUCUCUAGUAACGCCUACGGAGCCUUUGGAGAACGCCGAACAACGUCGGAAGACCCGCGAACAGACAGCUCAUGGGCUAGGGAUUAA